AUGAACAAUAACACAGUGGCUCUCUCCGUUGUGGAGGAUCUUAUUCACUGGCCCCUUCCCCCUGCAGAUCCCACAGAAUCCCCAGCCAGCGGGAGUACAAGUACAACGAACCCCACCGCAAACCCCAACAAUGUGAAUAUAGUCUCCUUCGAUGCCUUACUCUCUGCAGGCGCCUCAGAGGAAUUAGAUGAGGAACCACGCGAACGACAACAAUUACGAUAUGAAGCCGUUAGACGUUUACCGGCGUUAGUGCGGGCAAUGGGAUCUCAAUGGGCAAAGAUGGAAGUCAUUCCAUAUAUGCUGCGAUGUAUGGAAGAGGAAGAUGCGGAAUUGAGUUUUGCGACUGGUAUGGCUUUGAUGGAUCUCGCAACCGGACCUGUGGUGAGUUCAUCCCAACUGCAUUCCUCGCCAACACCUGCGGCGUGUGAAAUGCGUACAGAGAGACUUUUUCUUGAUAUUACACGUCCACUCUCAUUACCGAAUCUUCUUCCUGUAUUAGUACGAAUGAGUGCCUCUGCAGAUGCGGGUGUACGGCUUUUUCUUGUGGAAGUUGUUAUUCCAACACUUUUCUUUGGGGUAUCAUUGGAACGAACAGUGGAUUUACGUGAUUGGGAAUCUAAAUAUCUCAAACUGCGAUCACAUGAUAGAGAUGAAAAUGAAACAGGUGAAGAAUCAAAGAUAACAUUUGAUGUGAAUAAUCCUACUGGUAUUCAUACUUCUGCAGGUAUUAGCAGUCAUGGUAGAAGUUCAACAUUUGAGAAUCGGCGACCACUCACAAGUAGUAGUAGUGUUGGUGUGGGAAUGGAACGCCUUCAACAGCAUGAUCAUAAUAAUAGUAAUAAUAAUAACAGUAGUAGUAAUUCAACUGCUGCUGCUGGUGGUCGUCGUAAUAGUGGAGUUAACGCUGCGGUGUGGGAUCCUUUUCAAAUUAAUCUUUAUGCAAACCGUAUACGUAGUGCUAUUGCCACUUAUCUCCGUGAUGUUAUCUCUGAUAGUAGUGAAAAGGAUGGAAAUUCUGGACCAAUGAUGGCCAUGUAUGGUAAAUCUAUUGGACCAAGUGAUUAUUUAGAUCAUAGAGAUCGACGUGAGGCAUUUCGGGCUAGAUGGAAUUUAUUAAUAGGACUUAUGGAAUCUAUGCUUAAAUCUCAAUAUGCUACUACAGUAAGUACUGGAGUAGAAUGUAUUAGUAAUAUAUUUUCAUGUAUUUCAUGGGUGACGAAUGCGGAAAAUUAUCAAAAAACUGUACAGAAAUCAUCCUUUGUUCGAUCUCUAGAAGAACUUGUAUCGUUUACAUUUACUACUACACGAACUCAUGUUGGUCGUGUUAUUCUAAGUGGAGCAGAAAAACCUUGUGAAGAUUUAAUGAUGCUUCUUUUUGAUAAUCGCUUAUUAACUGAAAAUGUUAUCUCUUCACCAUUAUUACCAUCUUCAUUAUCAUCCUCAUUAUCCUCUUCAUUAUCAUCAUCCUUUGUAGGUCCUAUUGUACUUGGAUCUGGUGGUCUUAGUUCAGCUGCUCGAGAAGUGUGGGAUCUUUGUUUAACUGGUAGUACACCUGUUAUGCAUCGUCUUGUACGUAUAAGUUUAUUACGAUCUUUACCGCAACUCAUUAACUGGUCUAGUGAUGCCGCUGUUCGUAAUAUAGAAAGAAUAUCAUCUGCUGUGGUUGCCUCUGGAGAAUCUAUAGGAGGAUUGAGUUUCUUUUCGGUAUGUCACAUCUUUACACAAGCACUUACUCCUCCUGUUCAUGAUCUUGGGAAAUAUGAACGUGAUGUGGAUGAUUAUGAUAGUAAUAGUAAUAGUACCAGUUUAGAUGAUAGAGGUGAAAAUAAUAAUAAUAAUAAUAAUAAUAAUAAUAAUAAUAAUAAUAAUAAUAAUAAUAAUAAAGUUGUAGGGCAUGAAGGUACUACUACUACUACUACUACUACUACUACUACUGCUCCUACUACUAUAUUGAUCUUUGAGAGUGAUGUAUGUCAUGAUUAUGGAAUAGCAGAAGCCGUUCUUGAUGGUGUACAAUAUUUAUUUAGUGAACUUUUACAUCCACAUACAGUAGAAGAUUUUCUACGAUCUCCACAUCGUCGUCAACGUUUACAACAACUCACUAAACUCUAUAAUGAGUGUAUAGUGCAUAGUGUUACUUUACCCUCAUGGCGUACGCGUUGGCUCACCACUCAACGUUUACCGCAACUCACCACAUCCUUCAUGUUAUUACUCAAUCGUUUAAAAGGACAUAAAAGUGUAGAGGGAUCAUUAUUAGUAGAUUCUACGGUAGUUCGUUUGUGUACAUUACAUAUAGAGCAAUGGUCCUCCACUCCUGGUGGAAGUGAUGGUUGUUUGAAGGAACUUGUACAGGAUGAAGAGGAAGAAGUGCGUAGUGUAGUGGCUUUGUGUGCAGCUCGUGUUUUUUGUGCAUUAGGACAAGGAAUGAUGCGUCUUGUUUUUCCGAAUGGUAUAGUGAUGGAUAUGAAAUCCUCUCAACAACCAAUAGGAGGAAAUGAUGGAAGCAGAACUACUAACAAUAUUACUACUACUACUACUACUACUAACACUAAUACGAAUACUAAUACUAAUACUACACGUGGAAUAGAUGGAUUAGGUACUCGACAUGUAGAUCCUCAUAAUCCAGGCACAUCACAGAAUGAUAUGAUGAUGAUGAAGAAUAAUAAUAGUAAUAGUAGUAGUAAGAAUAAUGACAAUCAUCAGGAGUCUCAUACGGGUACGGCGUUACUUUCUGUGAAUACAUUAAUGAAAUACCUUCCAACUCUUCUUGAUGCUAUUCUCUCUUGUUGUUUAUGUUUACUACGUGAUCCGGAAGAACGCGUACGGGCGGGUGCUGCCGCUGGACUCUCUGCUCUUGCCCGUACAUUAAGUAACAUGAUAACUGUAUGUGAUCUACAUAUACAAGAUAUUGGUAAAACCACCUGGCUUCGAUAUCUAGAUCGCACCACCGCAUCUCUCAUGACAUUAUUGAAUGAUAAUAGUCCAACUGUUCAAUUAGCUCUGGUAUCGGAGUUAGCGGCUCUUCUCACCAGUUCAGCAGCAGGUGCUGGGAGACUGGCAGCGACUAUGGGUGGACGACAAGUAGAUGAAGCCACACAAGUACGUGAAGGGGCAUUAGUGGCAUGUUUACAAAGUCUUGCCCGACAUGAAGUUUGGCGUUAUCGUGCCCGUUAUGCCACUUUAUUAUCAGAGAUGUGUGUAAAGUUUCUUGCCCCGAGUUCAUUAGCCGCAGCAGAGGCGGCAGCGACGAGACGACAUCAUGUUCAUACAUUAGAAGUUAGUUUACGUGAGAAUAGUGUAUCGAGUGGUCGUCCAAGUGGGAUGGUGUUAGCAGAAGAUGGUGUUAAUCCACUACACCGAUUUGCAAAGAAGGAAUUACUUCCAUUACUGGUAGAUGUAUUGUUUGAUAAAGUAAAGGCAGUACGGGAUAGUGCAUUAGAGUCAUUACAACGAAUGUGUGAUCGACUUUCUGCGGCUCGUCUACAAUUAAUAAAUGCCUCACCUACACAUGAUCAUCUUCAUCAUGGUAUUAGUAAUAGUAAUAGUAGUAGUGCUUUUACAGGGACUCUUGGUGUUGGUAUGAGUGGGACUGGUACAAUGGGUCCUAAUAGUAAUAUCAACAUCAAUAGCAAUAAUAAUAAUAAUAAUAAUAAUAAUAAUAAUAAUAAUAAUAAUAAUAAUAAUAGUAGUAUGAAUAGACUUAAAUAUCAUGAUGAUGAUGUAUUCAUUAAUGAUACACUUUGGCCACUUAUUAUUAAUUCCCCUAAAGCUAUGGCAACCUACCUUAGUAGAAGUUCUCUACUUCGUAUUGCUAUUCGUUUAGGUGUGGAUAAGGAAUCUAUUUUACUUCCAUUGCUAGAUCAACUUGGGCACGACGCCGUAUUGAAUGUACGGCUUGUUGUGGCGAAGGAAUUAUAUGGUAUUCUCGCUGCUUCUUCUAAUGCAAAUACUACUGCAGCUGCUGCUGCAGCUGCUGGUGUAGUCUCUGGUUCCUCCAUCUUAUCAUGGGAAGGAAUACCGAAAGUGACAUUUACGCCGCAGGAGAAAAAUGGUGUGGUGUUGCAG